AUGCUAGUAGUCCUCCGAGAUGGCAGGAAAUUGCAAGGCGUGUUGAGAUCGUAUGACCAGUUUGCGAAUCUCGUCUUGGAAGAUACAGUCGAGCGCAUCUUCUGUCAAGACGUCUUCGCCGAAGUCUGGCGAGGAUUAUUUCUGAUUCGUGGCGAAAACGUUGUUUUGCUCGGUGAAGUUGAUUUGGACCAGGAAGACGACGUCCCUCUUCGUCAGGUUGCUUGGGACGAAUUAGAACCGUAUCAUUCACAAGAAAUAUUGGCCAAGAAGAAGCGAGAAGAAUCCAAAGCGCAGGUUCUCUAUGAGCAGAAAGGGUUCUGCAAAGAGGGCGGAGAAGGAGACGGUUAUUGA